GUUUCGGAUGAGCUACACGACCAGCGAAAAUGCCUCCACAAUCCGAUCCAACACCCAGCGGAGUCGUCUUCGAAACCGACACGCAGACUCCCGACCUGGGCUUAGCAAAAGAUGUGUCCAAACUAAAGCAUGCAGCCCCAAAGAAGUAUGAAUAUGUGUGGUUCAAUAUAUUCUGGUUUUUGUUCCUGCACAUUGGAUCUGCAUAUGGAAUAUAUCUUGGGUUGACUUCUGCUAAAUGGCAAACAAAUGUUUUCGCCUUCCUGGUCCACUUGAUGUGCGCCAUCGGUAUAGGAGCUGGAUCACACCGUCUCUGGACUCACCGCUGCUACAAGGCGAGGACGCCUCUCCGUAUACUUCUCAUGAUAUGGCAGACAAUGGGGUUUCAGGAUUGCAUCUUUGAAUGGGCCCGGGACCAUCGCACCCACCAUAAGUACGCCGAUACUGACGCCGACCCCCACAACGCAGAACGAGGCCUGUUCUUCUCACACAUGGGCUGGCUGUGUUGUAAGAAAAGUCCCGAAGUCAUCGAAGGAGGUCGACGCAUAGAUGUUUCCGACCUCUAUGCUGAUCCCGUUGUAAUGUUCCAGAAAAAACACUAUAUGAAAAUGAUGCCUAUACUAUGCUUCGUUCUGCCAACAAUAAUCCCAGUUCUGUAUUGGAACGAGACAUGGUUAAACGCUUUCUUCAUUCCAACAAUUCUUCGAUACACAUGUGGUAUCAAUGUGGUUUGGAGUGUCAACAGUUUUUCCCACACAUUUGGGUAUAGGCCUUAUGACAAAUCAUUGAACCCUCGAGACAAUCUCGGCGUAUGGAUGAUCUGUGUGGAAGGUUUCCAUAAUUACCACCACACGUUCCCGUGGGACUACAGGGCUACAGAGCUGCCUUUUUACAACAUGCUAACACCCACCGUUGUGUUCAUUGAAGCCAUGGCUAAAAUUGGUCAGGCUUAUGAUUUAAAAUCUGUGACACCUGACAUCGUCAAACAACGGUCACAAAGAACCGGCGACGGCACACACCAUCUAUGGGGCUGGGACGAUCCUGAGUUUACCGAAAAACUGAAAGAACGUUACGGCGUUGUUCACAAUAACCAAUCUAAAACUUCAUAGAUAAAUAUUAUUCUUAAGAUGGUGGAUGACAAAUUUUAUAAUAUGUCUUUAAGAUAUUUCAAAGUUAAAUUGUGUAAACUUUUAUUAAUCGACUGAAAAUCUAUUAUAUUAACUCUUAAUAUUAAGUAAAAUUUUGUAGUUUAUAAGCACUAAUAAAUAUUUUAUUUAAAACACAUAA